AUGCUUCGCACAGCUGCUGCUCGCUUCUUGGCUAACGCCACCACUGCUCCCAAGCCUUUCUUGCCUGUGCGUGCCUUCUCCUCGUCCGCUUCUUCGUGGAUGGCAGCACCCACUGAUGCCUCUGAAAAGCUCACUAUCACCCUUCCCGAGUCUUCCUUUGACAUGUUCAAGGCUGAUGCCCCCAACCUUGAUGUCGAGAUCUCCAAGGAACAACUUAUGGACAUGUACACAAAGAUGACCACCAUGCGUCGUAUGGAGAUGGCUGCUGAUGGUCUCUACAAGGCCAAGAAGAUCCGUGGUUUCUGCCACUUGUGCAAUGGUCAGGAAGCUGUUUCCGUUGGUAUGGAAUCCGCCAUCACCCUCGCUGAUCAAGUCAUCACUGCUUACCGUUGCCAUGGUUUCACCUACGUUCGUGGUGGCUCUAUCAAGAGCAUUCUUGCCGAAUUGAUGGGUCGUAAAGAUGGUAUCUCCAAGGGCAAGGGUGGCUCUAUGCACAUGUUUGCUCCCUCUUUCUUUGGUGGUAACGGUAUCGUCGGUGCUCAAGUUCCCCUUGGUGCCGGUAUGGCCUUUGCCCAAAAGUACCUUGGCAACGAAUCUGUCACCUUUGCCCUCUAUGGUGAUGGUGCUUCUAACCAAGGCCAAGUCUUUGAAGCUUUCAACAUGGCCAAGCUUUGGGAUCUCCCCUGUGUCUUCGUUUGUGAGAACAACAAGUAUGGUAUGGGUACUUCUGCCAACCGUUCUUCUGCCUCCACUCUUUACCACACCCGUGGUGACUACAUCCCUGGUAUCCGUGUCAACGGUAUGGAUGUUCUUGCUGUCUAUCGUGCUUGCCAAUGGGCCAAGGAAUGGACUACCUCUGGCAAGGGUCCUCUUGUGAUGGAACUUACCACUUACCGAUAUGGUGGUCACUCCAUGUCCGACCCUGGCACCACCUACAGAACCCGUGAAGAAAUCCAGCACAUGCGUAGCACAGCUGAUCCUAUCCAAGGUCUUAAGGCCCGCUUGCUUGAUCUUGGUGUUGCCACUGAAGAGCAACUCAAGGCUAUCGACAAGGAAGCUCGCAAGAUCGUUGACCAAGCUGUCAAGGAAGCUGAAGCUUCCCCUGAGCCUGACAUGAAGGAAUUCUACACCCAAGUCUACAUUGAAGGUUCCGAGCCCAAGAGCAUCCGUGGUCGUGAACCUGGUGAGACCAAGUACUUCUAG